AUGAGCCGUGAACUGUGCACCUCCCCACAGAACGCUUUCGCCGGGAGUAGCGCGGCCGUCGCUAUCGGAAGCGGUCCUGCCAUCGGGAACAGCAUCGGAAGCGGUACCGCUCUCGGGACCCGGAACAGCACUCCUCUCGGCCGAAACUCAUCCCUGUCCAUGAAGGACACCCGGCUAGGCUACUCGGUGGCCACUCUUCCCAACCAAAGGCCUUCCGGCCAGUACAGUGACUUGCGACAGCCUUUGGCCCGACGAGGGGACUCGGCCGCAAUUGGCAAAACUUCCGGCCACUUCGCCACCGACGCAAGCAAACUGGACAUGCAGACAGCAGGUGCCUAUACAGCAGGCAGCUAUGCAGCAGGCAGCUAUGCAGCAGGCAGCUAUGCAGCAGGUGGCUACCAAGCAAACAGCUUCUCAACAGGUAGCUACGCGGCAAACGGUUACGGCGCAAACGGUUACGGCGCAAACGGUUACGGCGCAAACGGCUACGGCGCAAACGGUUACGGCGCAAGCGGUUACGUGACAGCUACGUAUCCCAAAAUGGAGUCAACAGUCUCUCAGAAUUUCGAUAGAGUCGGCUCUGCGGUUCCACACUGUUUGGAACGGUAUGCUGCCCAGAGGGACCGGACUGUUCAGAGUGAGCAGAUCGGGCGCCCGCAAAGCACGAGUGGACUGCAGACCACAAGUGGGCCACAGAGCGCAAGUGGGCCACAGAGCGCAAGUGGGCCGCAGAGCGCAGGUGGGCUGCAGAGCACGAGUGGGCUGCAAAGCACAGGUGCGCCGCAGAGCGCAAGUGGUCCGGGGAUAGGUGCCCUAGCAAGUGCGAUUGAUAGGAGUGUGUCGUCUAUUGUCGGUGAUGAGGGAGCCAAAGGUCGUCUUGUAAGAAGUUCGUCUACAGUUCUGGACCCGGCCACUGCUUUCGUCGCAAACGCUUCGCCUGCGAGAUACUAUACUCCCAAACACUAUCCUAAGGCGCAUUCCAAACAUCUACCCGAUGACUACUCUCGCGAGGCGCAAGAGAGCAGCGAGUUAUCGCACAGACGAAGCUCUCGAGUCAAAGACCUGAUCGUCCGAAGCACGUCUGACGUGCGAACACCUCCAACGGUUAUGACGUCUGGCUACUCAGAUCAUCAGUCUGCUGCCGAUUUCAGAAUGGAUAAUGCGGUAUUACAAGGCUUACUUGGUUUUAACGAGUUUGUUCAGUACUUCGUGGGGUCGGAUGUUUCUUGGAAACGCGAAAACACGAAUUCUCGGUACCGUGGAGAACUGCUCAGUCAAUGGCUGGGUUUGCUUUCUUGUGUUUUCUCGACAGAUGGAACCAGUGUGUUGAAGUUCCCGGGUAAAGGCGACAAGUUGCUCGGAAAGGAUGGUUUGUCGGACAAGGAUCUUUUAUGGGAUAAGGAUGAGGAUGGGACUGCGAAAUUGCGAAAGCAUUACGUGAGUAUAGUGGACUUGAUUCAGCGUACCAACAACCAAUUUGUGACAGGGCUACAAGGCGAUGCUCAUGAGUUAUUCCAGGUUUUUAUCCACGCACUAGGGGAAGAAAUUUCAACCUCGAGCUUGAGGCCAUCAAGUAACUGUUAUCGUAGUGGUUGCAGCGCCAAGGACGACUGCCACAAUGCAUGGGCCAGACAUCUCAAAUCAUUGGAAGAGCAUAAUAACCCCCCGGAGAUCAUGUUCAACACUGUUCUGACAUCGCGCAUGCGCUGUAAGGUUUGCGAUGCCACGAAGUACAAAAGCGCUGUCGAACUCGACUGGCAACUCGAGAUCCCCAAAAACAAACCUGAAGGUAUGACCAUCGAAGACCUACUUUUAUACACAUUCGAUCAGCAGGAAGAACUACGAGUAAACCACACCACUUAA